UCCCCUCCAGAGCUGUGUGUGAUCUGUGUGGAAAGUGAAGAUGAAAUGGGGAUCUUUGGGAAGGUGGAAGGUGUGGUGAAGUCUUAAGAGGGAAUGUGGUGCAAUUUUCUUCUUCUUCUUCUUCUGCUUAUUUUGAAGGGAGGGAGUUAGCCAGACGCAGCAGACAUGCAUUCCGCCCCUUCAGCAGCCAGUGGCACGGCACUGUGUCCUGUCUUCAGUACAAAGGACUAUUGCUUGUUUCGCCUGUUUAAGAUGAUAAAUGCCGUUGCCAACCAAGCACUACUUUUUGUCUUGAACUGGUGCACCAAAGGUAAAAAAAAUGAAAGUAUGACAUAUUGGUACUUUUUUACCACAGUGGAAGAUUUUUCCUGGACGAAGUUGAAGAAUGAAUUUAGAUUUGAUACAACAAUGAAGCAUGCAUUGCAAACUAAGCCACCAGAGGAGUUUGAUGUUUCGUUGCUAUCUGCUUGCAUCAGGUUUGCAUGUCGCACCAGGACUGAUGCACAGGACUUUCUUAGUCAUGUAAAGUCGUUGAAGGAUUUUAGAAAUAACAUUAUACAUGAAGGACUGGAUGACAGUUCCUCCUUCAGGCCUAAAACAGAUGACCUAGAACAGUGUCUGACAGAACUAGUAAAUUCAGCUGAGACUAUAUUUAGUAUUCCCUCCGAUGAAGUUUCUACUUUUGUUAAAACCUUGAAGGUUGAUAUCAACAAAAUUUGUUCCGAACAUUUUUCUCGAGCAGAUAUGUGUGAGUACAGAAAUGAGUAUCUUCAAGAGAAGCUCAAGAGUGUUGGUAUAGCUAACCUUAAACAUUUUUACAAGCAGUUGCAAUACAUUACUCCACUACAUUAUCUGAAUGAGAAUAUUCCCCUUCUAGUUAGCAUGAUUUACAUACAACUAGAAAUCGUGGAUGCUGGUAAAGGCAGUAAAGGGCAGCAGGUUAUUUACACUGACUUGUUUCAGCAUAUGAGUAGUACCCCAAGUGGACCCCCAAGUAACAAAGCCAAGGUCAUCUUGGUUGAAGGCCCAUCUGGAGUCGGAAAGACAACCUUGACCAGGCUGCUGAUCAAUGACUGGGAUGAGGGGGAUUCCAGCAUUGAAGGCCUUGAAGAUUUUGACUUUCUGCUUUUUGCUGAGUGCAGAGUGCCACACAUUGAGAAAUUCUCUGAACUCUUGGUCUCUUUGAUGCCAGAUAUGGCCAUGGUAUGUGAGGGAGACGAAAUACUGAAAUACUUGCUCAGAAAGAAAGUGCUUGUGAUAGUAGAUGGCCUUGAUGAGAUGAAUCCCUCAUCCAAAAAGCUCUUUCAAGAGAUCCUCUACUACACACGGACUUCCAACAUGGUUGUUUUGGCCACCACUCGGGCAGAGGCACUCAAGACGUACUACAAAAUUGUUCCAGAGGGCAUAUGCACAACACAUAUCAAAAUCAUAGGCAUUCCUGAAGACAAAAGAGAGGCAUUUGCGAUCAAGUACCAUGAAGAAAUGAAGAAGACUAAAGACUAUGGGUGUGACACUAAAGGGCUAGUACAGUAUGUACGCAGAAUGGGUAUUAACCUUACAGAGUAUUGGCGUAUUCCCCUUCACUUGGGCAAACUAGUGAUGCUAUGGGUGCUGUGGCCAGACAUUCUGAAUGCAGUAACAACUGUAACAGAGCUGUUUAAGGAAACUGAAGUUCUGAUUGACGAAGAACUUACAGACAGACUAAUAAAGAAUAAUAAAUGUAAUGAUCAACUUCCUGAAGAUAUUGCAGAGAAGAUAAAUGUCCAGUUUCGACCAGAAUUGUAUAGGCUAGCUUUGUAUGGACAAAGAGAAGAAGGGUUAAUUUUGAGUGAUAAGUCAGAGAAGUCAUUGAAAAAGGUAUGUGAGGACAUGAGACUGUCAUGGGCAGAAGUGAUCGGAGCAUUCUUUGUACAGAGAAGUAUGUGGACGAGGACAGGCACUGUGACCAAAUAUAGUUACUCUCACAGAGGGACACAGGAUUUCUAUUCUGCACUUUACAUACUGAAUGAACUCAAGAAGCCAAAGGAUGAAGCUUGUUCAGGACAAAGAAUAAGAUGUAUAUUGAAGGACGUUUAUAAGUCUGAUCCAGAAAAUUUCACCCUAAAGAAGUUUCAAGAAGUAUUAGAGCACCUGAUCAGCCUUUUGUACACAGAAGGUGAAAUCAGCAAUCAAGAGACAUCAGAGGAAAUUGUUCAGUUGUUGGAAGAAUCUGGCGUCAAUGACAAACAGGCUUGGCUGGAUAUCUUGAGCACUGUCAAGGCCAAUGAUGCCAUCACCACUCUGGUUUCAAAGUACGUUCCAGAUGUGAUGAACUUGAAAAGCCAUAUAACAAUAACUGACGCUCAGGUCUUUGUCUACUCCAAGCUAAUUGCCAGAGCAAGCCCACUGAGAGUAACCAUCAGUCUUGCAAGGAAUCCCAGCAGUGUGCCCAAUCUGCAGGACCUCCUCCUAUCCAUGCUUCCCUUGAAGUGUGAGAUGGAAGUCUAUUUCCACAGCGACUUCCUACAUCCCACCACUGCCAACUGCGCGACUGAUCUGCCACUGCUGAAGCUGUUUGAAGAGGGUUCCAUCACAAAGUACAUGGGUUCUGCAAGGAAGGAAAUCCUGAAUGGGCUUCCAGACAAUGUUGAGAUGCUAUAUAUGUCUGUUGCAGACCAAAGUCAGCUUGAAGAUUUGAUGACUACAGUCAUUAGGCUCAAACGACUGAAAUGGCUUUGUAUUCAUGCAGCAGCAGAAGUGGAUUUGGGGAGCCAGCCAGCAUUGUUCACCAUGAACCACAUCUUCUUUGAGGCUAAGAGGGAUUCAUCUGUCAAGCUGACCAUCAAAAAAAACACCAGCUGCCCCAUCAGCGAGGCGCACAUGAAGGAUGCCAUGGACGUCCUCGGAGACCGGAAAGCGAUUCUGGUAGAUCUUCACCUCAGAAAAGACUGGAGCUUGGUUGCUGAUAAAAAGAUCAUCAGAGUCACCACGACUACCAGAAGCUCCUUUGAUGUGUCAAAUCUAAAUGAAGUUCUGACUCUCUUGGAGACUCGAGGGAAUCCUGAGAAAAGGUUGAGACUCUACUUCAAGUAUGAAUCACCGCUACAUGAAAGCACAGAUUCUAGUGAUGAAGCAACCAGGGGGAGCGGCAGCAGCCAUAGCAUGCUGGCAAGAAGUACACCUAUGUCUGCCACAACCCUUCAGGAGUUGAUCUCAAGUCUCUCCAUGAAAAUCAGUUCCCUCUAUGUACAUGUCAUGCCAGAAGUUAAUCCCUCAACCUUGCAGCCUUUCACACUGUCCAAAGCUUCAUCCUUAGUGCUGUCCAGUCUCCAGGACGUCUCGGUGUCAUGGGCAGUUCGGGUCAUGGAAGCCCUGAACCUUAAUUCCUACUGUAGGUACCUGUUCCUGCCGGAGGUUAAUCUGAGUGAGGCUGGAUAUGUGGAGCUCUUAAGAUCUAUCCGUGUGAAGUGGCAUAUUGUGGCCCCAGUCUGCUGGCCCAUACGCAUAAGAUCGGCCAACUUGCGGAACAUUACGUCAGAGAGAUUGAAGUGCGACUUAAUCCUAUUGAGCCAAGAGGAAAUGCUGGAAGCCAUCCAGAAAAUGUCUUGGUGAGGAAGAGAAUUCUGGUCGCCCUCAUGAUUCGCUCAGCCACUGUCAAGGGAUCCUCAGCAUCAGUGCAGGAAAAGUCAUCAUCAGCGGCCAGUAGCUCUGCCUUGGGGGACAUUUGUGGUUUUGCUUUGUAUACAUGGAAUGAUUUCGAAGAAAGACAUUGCGUCCUUUUUUUCCUUCACCUUGGAACCGCAUCCAUGAAAUAAUAGUGUUUGUUAUACAGGUUUGUCUCUGUGUGGUAAUCCGCCAGACCAAAAGUAUUGAUAUUGUACCUCCAUGAGUGCCUUCAGUCUCAGUGAACGAAUUUCCAGUUAUUUUAAUUGAGACUGGCAUAUUCAUAUGUGACAUAUAUUAUUAAUCCCUUUUUAUACAUCCUGGCAGGGUAUUUUAUGCUUGUCAUUUCUUUUAGAAGUAUUAUUUUUCAUUCAUUUCUUUUUUUUUUCAAGUGAACUUUCCUAGGAAAAAACAAUUAUUUCUGUCAGUGUGUGAAAUAAUUUUGCCUCUCAAAUUCGGCACAAACUUUUUCAGUAUUACAUUUUUCAUUGCUGGCAGUAACCGCUUAUUUGUGUGGUUUAUUGGAAAAGCUCUUUUAACUUUCUGAAUGCAGGUAAAUUUUUUAGUUAUGAGACUAGUAAAGUCUUAUCGAGAACUAUAAGGAUAAUGCAGUUGGAAUGUACUACUUUGUGAUAUACAGGUGCUGGGUAUCGUGUGUGUGUGUGUGUGUGUGUGUGUGUGUGUGUGUGUGUGUGUGUGUGUGUGUGUUUGUGUGUUUGUGUGUUUGUGUGUUUGUGUGUGUGUGUGUGUGUGUGUGUGUGUGUGUGUGUGUGUGUGUGUGUGUGUGUGUGUGUGUGUGUGUGUGUUCCUUGAUAUUCUUAUAGUUUUGUAAUUUAAUACACUUUCUCUAAGAAGAAAGUGUAUUAAAUUACAAAACUAUAAUAAUAUUAAGAAAUACACACACACACACACACACACACACACACACACACACACACACACACAUACAAGAAGAGAAAAUUAUACUAUUUUUACUGACAACCCUCUUCUCCACUGGAUACUUUUUGUAUGUCCAAUUUCUAGGGUAUUUUUGCAAUGCAUUCUAAUACUAAUGGCAUACAGCAGGCUGACCGAGCUCUCAAGACAUACAAAAGUAUGUCUUUUUCAUAAUGUUGUUACUUAAAUGCACAGAAAAUUACCGAAUUUUAAAAAAAGAGUUUAAUGUUCUCCUUUACAGAGUAUAUAUUUAAAAUUUUACGUCAUCUUUGAUAAAGAUAAUAUUGUGUGAUUUAUCAUGUCUUUUUUUAAUUAUUUUUGUUUAAUCUGUUUUAUACAUAUGAUCACAUUUUACAAUAAAUGUUACAAAAAGACAA